AUGGAUGAAAGGAUCAAAGGAUAUUUGAAUAAUUUUAAAAACAAAUUUUUUAAAAUUAUUUUGAUUUCGUCAGGUAAGAAUAAUAAUAGUAUAGAUAUAAAUUAUAUAAAAGACGUUUUAAUAAAGUCGAAUAUAAAAAGACAUAUAGAGAUAAAUAAUAAAUUUCUUGAAUUAUUUAAAACAUUAAAUGAAAAUAUAAAUUGUUUAAGUGAAUUAAAAAAUAUUUUAUCGGUAUCAAAGAAUAAGCAUAUUGACAACUAUGAGAAUUUAUUGAAUAAAGAAUAUUUUUUUGAGAAAAAAACAAAGGAAGAAGGAUAUAUAAAAGAAAAAUAUUCGAUUAUUGAAAAUAUAAUAAAAAAUAUGCGAAUGAUUCUUUUAAAUUGUGAUGAAAUUGUAGAUUUAUUUAAAGAAUUAUAUUUAUUCUUUUAUUUGUUCAUCUACAAAUUUGAUUGUAAUAUAAAUAACUUUGUGGGGUAUUUUUAUAAUCAUAAAGAUGUUGCGAAUAAAAAAUUAAAACCCCUAACAAUGAAUAAUAAUAAUAAUAAAAAUAAUAAUAAUAAUAAUAAUAAUAAAAAUAAUAAUAAUAAUAAUAAUAAUAAUAAUAAUAAUCAUAAUCAUAAUCAUAAUAGUAAUGUUUCUUUUGAGAACCUUUCUUAUUUUAAUAAAAAUUUAUUUUGUCAAAUAUUCUUCUUAAACAACAUAUGUGAAGAAGAGGUGGCUCAUUUUUUCUCACAAAAAUUAUUUGUCUCAAGGUUUUAUAAUAAUAAAAGUAUUAAUAAGUUUUUAAAAUUCAUUCUACUUAAAGAAAAAGAAAAACUUAAUUUUAUAUAUUUAAAAGAAGUGGAAACAUUUUUUCUGUUAACAUGUGUAUUAUAUUAUAUGGAAAGAGAUAUGAAUCUUAAGGUGCAUAUGAACGAUGUUAUAAUGAAACAUAUUUACAACAAUAUCACAACAGAAAAGAAUGAAAAUAUAAAUAAAAAUAAUAAAUAUUUAUUUGAUAUUAAUAAUAUUUCUGAUGAACAUAUUUUUAAAAAUUAUUCAACAGCCCUUUUUUAUAAUCCCUACAUGAAUAAAAUGAAAAAAAUAUCUUAUAUUAUAUGA